GAAGCAUCAAGUCACUGAGAUAUAUUCAUAUUACUCGAUCAAGAAACUUGACUAACUCACAAAUUGUGUAAUUUUGUUUCCUAUUUAAGUUGGUAAUUAAUUUUGUAACAUAUCAUCGCUUCGACGUAUUUAAGUGAGUUGUGAACAACGAAUGUUAUUUAAACUACAUAAAUUGGAGAUAGACAGUGUUGCAGCAGUGAAGCGAAUAUGUGGAAGUUGCUUGUGUUACUAUGCAUGAGUUUCCUGUUGGACGAUGUUUUAGCGUUAUCGCUUGAUCCUGUUGCCUCUAAUGAACUUGAUCAAUAUAUUAAAAAUGACUUCAUUAUCUCACUUAGACACAUUCGGCCAAGAAGAAAAUUUCGGUUAUCUAUUGAAGCACUUUUUAUGAUUGACUUUCCGUUCGCACAAAAUAAGUUUACAUUUUAUCUCGACCGGAAAGGAAAAAGAGUAACUGUUGACGUAAACUCGAACUCGAAGUUGUACUCAAAAUACAUGGAGAUACCGGGGAUGAAUGAGACUACAACGAUACGCUCGCUAGCUAUUCUAUUUGGACAAAAUGCAUUGACUCUUUAUAUCGAUUGUAAAGAAAGCGCGAAAUUAGAUUUAGAUAUCAAUAUAUCUAAACUGUAUACAAACCAGGAUGAGCCCGUUGCAAAAUUGUUCAGGGAACGCAAAUACCCGCUGCAUUUAGAUUCAUCGGUUGAGAAUGCUCUUUCUAGAACGAACUGUCAGAAUCUGUCAAAGAACAAAACUGUAAAAAAAUUGGGAUCAGUUGGGAAAAUUCUCAAAAAAUCAAUUUAUGAACAAGAUGAGAGUAGAAGCGCAUAUGAAAAAAAUAAAAAAAGGGACGUUCGUAAUUGGUAUAGAGGCAAUGAGAAAUACCGAGACGAACGUUUGGAAACAAGGAAUUUCAAUAACAGAGGAGAUAUACCAAUACUCCAUGGCGAUUGUGACGAAAAUUUAAUAAAAUCUCUUAAUGAUUUGACUGCGCUGGUUAAAGAAAUUCGCGAAGAGGUCAGACGGCAGAGAGAAGAAAUUCAGCAUCUCAGAAGUUUAAUUGAAAAUUGCGCUGGCUGUCAGAAAACGCCUGUGCAAUUGCAUUAUGAAACGUGUCAACACAAUAAUCCAUGUUUCCCAGGUGUACAUUGCUACGAUACCCAGACAGGAAUCAGAUGUGGGCAUUGCCCACAAGGUUACGUAGGAGAUGGCAUAAACUGCAAACCUGGAGUGACCUGUGCUGAUAAACCAUGCUUCCCUGAUGUGAUCUGUUACGACACAAUUGAAGGCGCACAAUGUGGCCCGUGUCCAGAAAGAUAUGAGGGCGAUGGCAGAACGUGUCACCCCAAGAACUUGUGCAAUGAAGGCGUGUGUGCAGCAGGAGUACAAUGCACGACGAUGGAUCAACCUCCAUAUUACAAAUGUGAUGCGUGCCCCAUGGGAUACAAAGGAAACGGUACUGUUUGCCAGGAUAUCGAUGAGUGUGACUUGAUUGAACCUUGUGACGUACGAGUACGCUGUACUAACUUGGUACCAGGGUUCCGAUGCGAGCCUUGUCCGGCUGGAUUCACUGGACUUCAUAGUGCAGGAUUGUAUGCUACCACUUUCGAGCACGCAUUGCAGAGACAAAAGUGUAUCGACAUAAACGAAUGUGCAGACGGUUCUGCUCGCUGCGGUGCUUACACUGUCUGUUUCAAUACCGAAGGAUCGUACGAGUGCCAAUGUGAACGGGGAUUCAGACGAAACUCGACGAAAUCCGAUGACGGGUGCUUCCCAAUAGAGGGAAUGUGUUUGGAUGGGACCGUGUGUGACAAGAACGCUGUUUGCAUACAUGCUGGCAGUAAUACUUACAAGUGCAAAUGUAAGGUAGGUUGGGCGGGAAAUGGAUUCCAUUGCGGCCUGGAUAGAGAUUUAGAUGGAUGGGCUGAUUUCAAUCUAGAAUGCGCCGAUAGUAGAUGUCGCCAAGAUAAUUGUGUGAAUGUGCCAAAUUCUGGACAAGAAGAUGCUGAUAAAGACGGCAUAGGAGAUGCAUGUGAUCAAGAUGCAGAUAAUGACGGAAUAAUGAACAGUCCGGAUAACUGUCCUUUGGUACACAACCCAGAUCAAUUGGACACAGACAAGAAUGGGGCUGACAAGCAAGGCGAUGCCUGUGACAAUUGUCCUACUGUGGCAAACAUUGAUCAACAUGAUGUAGAUGGCGAUGGUAUAGGAGAUGCAUGUGAUCGCGAUAUAGAUAACGAUGGAAUAUUGAAUGAACGGGACAAUUGUCCUAAAAAAGCCAAUGUUAAUCAACUCGACAGUGAUGGAGAUGGCAUAGGAGACGUAUGUGAUAAUUGCCCAGCGGUUGCAAAUCUUGACCAGAUGGAUUCAGAUAAUGACUUGAUUGGGGAUGCUUGUGAUAGUGACAUAGAUAGAGAUCGCGACGGUAUACAAGAUAGUCGAGAUAAUUGCCCGAAGCUCGCUAACUCUGAUCAGUUGGAUACAGACGGAGACGGCCGUGGUGACUUGUGUGAUCCAGAUGCAGAUAAUGAUGGAAUUCCUAACGGAAUUGAUAACUGCCCUAUAGUUCAUAACCCCAAUCAAACAGAUGUCAACAAUGAUGGCGUUGGCGAUAUUUGUGAAGAAGAUUUUGAUUUAGACUUGAUUCCCAAUUAUUUAGACAACUGUCCUAAUAAUUCUAAAAUAUUUUCAACUGAUUUUCGAACAUAUCAAACUGUUGUCCUUGAUCCUGAGGGAGAUUCUCAGAUUGACCCCAACUGGGUAAUUUACAACAGAGGAGCGGAAAUAGUUCAAACACAAAACAGUGAUCCUGGUCUAGCCGUUGGGUAUGAUGCUUUUGGAGGCGUCGACUUCGAAGGAACAUUUUUCGUUGAUACAGAAAUAGAUGACGAUUAUGUUGGUUUCAUAUUCAGUUAUCAGGACAAUCAUAAAUUCUACGCUGUGAUGUGGAAGAAGAACAUACAGACUUACUGGCAAGCAACACCAUUCCGUGCAUCCGCCGAACCUGGAAUCCAGCUUAAAUUGAUUGACAGUAAUACAGGACCUGGCCAAAUGUUGCGAAAUAGUUUGUGGCAUACAGGAGACACGAAAGACCAAGUCAAACUACUGUGGAAGGAUCCUAGAAAUGUUGGUUGGAAGGAGCGCACUGCAUAUCGGUGGCUUCUUCUUCAUCGUCCCAAAAUUGGGUUGAUUCGACUAAGAGUAUUCGAUGGCGAGAAAAUGGUUGCAGAUUCUGGAAAUAUAUUCGAUUCUACCUUAAAAGGUGGUCGUUUAGGGGUGUUCUGUUUCUCUCAGGAAAUGAUAAUAUGGUCCGAUUUAGUUUACAGAUGUAACGACAAUGUCCCAGAAGCAAUAUAUAGAGAGCUACCUCCACGCAUACAGAAAGAAGUGCAAGUUGACUAUAAAACGUAAUGUAAUUUUUAUGAAGAAUGUAGUACACUACCAACGAAAUUUUGAACAUUUUACUAUU